AUAAAUAACCGUGGUCGGACGUAUUAACAUUGAUUGCCAAGAAAAUAUUUAUUAUUUUUAUCGUGUGUGUGAAGCUCUGACUUUAAGAAUUAAAAUGCCUUUCAUUUGGUAAACAUGAAUGAAAUGAAAGAGAUCACAUGAGCAUGUCGACAAAACUGGCACUAAAAAGUAUGCAGUUGCUGACGCAAGAGCAGGCAACAAGUAAAGUAAGAAAACAAGAUGCAAACAGAAAAAAGAAAAAGAAGAAAACUACAUCACAAUGUAUAGUUAACGGCGAUGUCUUUCAUAAGAAUCUGGCCUUCUUAAUUGCUCAAGAAAGAAAGAAAGACGCACAUCAGAGUAAAGGACUUGUUGAUACUGAUCUGAUAUUACGCCAUGUAAAAAGAAAUUCUCGGGCGUCGUUAUCAAGCCAACAAAAAUGCGAAAAAGCAAACACGGAACACUACGAUCCAGAUUUAGACUUCGAAGACACUGGACUUUUCAACGAUGAUGAUGAUGAUGAUGAUGAUGAUUACGACAACAGGAAGGGAAAGAAAUCAAUAAAGCGUGUUACUUUUAAGCGAAAAAAAUGAGCAAAAACAGAUAUCCUAUAAUGCAGAAGGGCAGAUAUGAUGAAGCUUAUGAGCUGGCGAGUUGUGUAAUACUUGCUUAUAAAAACUGGUGGCGCAAACAACUGUGACUUUCAAUUAACUAUUCACACAAUUGUACGCUGUAUUGUACGCGAUAGUGAUAGAUUCCAUCCUAAGGUCGUAAAUGACACCUAUCAUUUCUGGCGCAAAAUCAGUGUAACGGCUUUGUGACCUACUGAUCUAGAUUAUAAACACAUAUCCUCUGCGCAAAUCUCUUACACAUUCAUCA